AUGCCACACACCAAGAAGAUCAACCCAACUCGGGCACUUGACCCAGCUGCAGAAAUUCAGGAGGCCAACCAAACCAACAACGACGAAAGCAGCUAUGUUGACCCGGCCAGGGCGCCAUCACCACCGGCAAUAGAGAACCUGGCUUCCGAGCAGGUUUGCCCACCAAAGAUGGCAUGGGCCCCAUAUGCGGGGAUUGCCCAUGUCCCCAAUGAGAUCAUACAUGGGGAGAACAACAUGAUCGGCGGCGCUGGUAGCCAGUUUAGUGAGGAAAUUUCCGACUUGGACUAUAGCCCAUCGGAAGCUCGGUCUGUCCUACUCUCCGACUUGGACUCUGACAAUGAAGCUGAUGGUGAAGGGUGGGAGAUGGAUCCUGGUGAUCUACGAGCUAUGGUUGAAGCAGUUGUGCCUUCACUCAAAGAAAAUCCACCUCAAGGCUUGCCAGAUGCGCCACCGGCCCGAAAGCAUUGGCAGACUGAUAAAUCAUGGUGGCCUUUCUGUUCCAAACAGGUGAGCUUGCGUGCUUUUUUCAAGAUUGAUGGUAACUGA